GCCGUCAAACAUUCAUUCGCAAACCUAGCGGCUGUGCAAAUGGGUUCGCAUACUCAAUUUGCGAACCCGUUUGCGCUUCCUCCUACACUUGUUUACGAAUGUCUCACGAAUUUCUCCUCCUUUUUAAUUCGUCAAUAGAACAUUGAAGAGAAAAAGAGUUUUAAUUCUUUCCCAGACAUCAUUAACAGCCAUGCUGUUUUUAUGGGAUUUCUUUUGAUGAAGAUACGCUACACAGUAGACUUCACGAACUAUGAAAAUGGCGUAUAGUAUACGUCCGUUACCUUCGCAAUCGUCGGCGCAACCAGGCAAGCGAAUGUGUGGGAGACUACGCGAAGGUUCGAGGUUCCCGCGCUUUGAUGUCUGUUAAAAAACCGACACAGCUUGGAAAACCACGAAUGCAGCGAAAACUUUGCAUAAUCAUUCGCAAAUGUCGUCCUACACUUGCGGGUUUGCGUAUUCGUGCGCAUGUGAGUGACCGGUGUCACGGUGUUGCAUUGCCACUGCACGCACUGAACCUAUAUUAUCGUGCAUUAGUGUCUGUUCUCUCUGGUGUUUGUCAUUCGGUCGUGAGCCGUCGGCGAAGUUGGGCGCGUUUUCAAACAGUGUCGAUACGAUCGUAAUAAAUAUGAAUUUCGUUUACUUAUUGGUGUUUCUUACUUUCGGGACGGUGCUUUGUGUUCAGGAUUCAUACAAAGCUGCCUCGAUUAAGUCCGCUAAUGAAAACGUCGAUUUUAAUAGCUACCUGCCUCUCAUAGUGGAAGCUGGUAAAUCGGACGUGGAUAUUCUUGUUCUGCCAGCCCAGGAGAAAACCGAAUCUGCAGAUAAAUAUGAGGAGGCCGUCAAGAAUAUAUCGGAUGCUGCAAAAAAAGCUGGCUUAUAUAUCGCAGCUCACCUGUACGAGGGAGUUCAGUGCCAAAACAAAAAAGAAAUCGUGAGGAGUAACAUCGUCUUUGAUAGAGAAGGCAAAACUGUUUCCGUUUACAAAAAGCCAAUGAACAAUCUUACCAACUGCACCAGCGUGGAUUCGGAAGGGUCUUUCAAGACCGACUUCGGAGUUACGUUCGGGCUUUUAAUGGGAGAGGACUUGGCGCUCUACAAGCCAGAGACUUUUGGGGGGCUAAAGAAUUUCUUGGUCCUCGGUGGCUUCGUUCCUCAAAUACCUAUUUUGGGCGGUCCUCAGCUGCUGCAGUCUUGGGCGUACGUGAACAGAGCUAAUAUCAUAUCUCCCGCCGGGAUCUACGCGUCUGGGUCCGCUGCGAACAAUGGGAACGCAAUGAUCGUCGCUGAUCUUAAUAAGGAAGGAGCUGACCCCGCGUCUCCCCCGAUCAUGAGUCCAUCGCAGCUUCAGGAUUCGCCUGCUGAAGACCUCAGUCUCUACGCAGUGAAACCUCUGGACCUGGAAUCGGCUUCGCGAGGACUACAGGAGACCGUCUGUCACGGCCAACUCUGCUGUCAAUUCAAGAUUAAAACGAAACUCACAGGAACGAAGCCUUUGCAUACUUACUCUCUGGCGGCGCUCAGAGGAGACCGCGCCUUCUCCCGGGGACAACGUGUCGGUGUCCAGAGCUGCGCCAUCUUCGCGUGUCCCGGUCCGGACGGAGACACUUGUGUCACUCAGAUCGAAUGGGGCGAACUGAACGUGAUCUUUGAGCAAAUCAACAUCAGUGGAAAUUUCUCGAAAAGCAACACAGCGCUGUACCCGAUGGUGGUGGCGGCUGAUACUGUUCCAUUGGAUAAUUUUAAGUUCGACACGAAAGUCACGGACCAGAAGCUCGCCAGCAUCGAGCUUACCGAAGCCCGAGUCUUCAGCGCUGGUAUCUUCGGCAGGGACUUCGAUAGAGAUGCGAACACUAAAUCAACUGGCGAGAACAAUGCCUAUUCAAACUUCUACGAUUACAUCUUCAAUGAUGACGUGCUCGGAAUAAUCGAUUACGUCUGGAUCAGGCUCAGGAUAUUGAUUUUCGUCGUCUCUAUUUACAUUUUGGAAAUGAUUUAAACAAAUAAUCCGAGUAAUUAUUAGAAAUGAAUAAUCGAUUUUUUCCGAAUUAAAAAAAACAAAAAAAAACAUCCACACUGAGUUUGUUGUUACUUUACAAGGAUGACAACAAAAGAGGAAUAAUCGGUUAUUUAUUUAUUUAUAUUUAAAAAAAAUCAUAUCGAGGGGUAAUUAGUUUAAGCGACAUUUAUCUUAGUAAUUAAAGGUCCGUUUUAUUUUGUACUAGGAGACCCAGCCUCAUGUUGCUGUGGCUAAGGCUUUUGUUUCUAAAUAGCACGUGACUGGCUAUGCCAAUACCAAAAAUUAACAAAGUAAAAACAAUUGGAUUUCACAGUAUCCCGUUUACUAUGAAAUGAAUUUCACUUAUACUAUAGCCUCAGCAACACGUGGUGUUUAUGCCAUUAAGUUGUAGCUUAUAUGAAACGUUGGUAUUUUAACACAGCGCCAUCUAUGAAAUAUUAACGUCAGACAGUAUUACAAUUGUCUGUGGAAACUGAUUUAAGGCGCCAUCUGUUUUAUACUUAUGAAACUUACAAUUAAUAACAAUAAUCAACAUCAGAAAUCAUUUUAUUGUUAAUUAAUAAAUAUUGCGACCAUUAAUUGAAAUAAAAACCAUCCUAUGGCCUAAGUUGGAACAAAACUCAUAUUAAACAAAAAAAAAAGCUAAAAUCGGUUCAGUAGUUUAGGUGUCCAUCGCGGACAAACAACGUGACACGUAAUUAAUAUAUAUAAAGAUAAGAUUAGUAUCAACAGUUCGAUGUUUUUAAUUGAACUUUAAUUAAGUUUACUUCAUUCAAAAUAGCAGAAGAUUUUUUUUUGUUAUAACAUUUUUUCCAAAUUUCAAACAGAACCAUUUAACUAUCUCCUUCUUCUUCUUCUCUGUCGUUUCCUCAUUGCUGAGGGUCGUGACCACCUUGGUCCAGUUUUUGCACCAGCUUCCUAUCUCCUAUAGCUAUAACUAUCUCCUAUAGAGUUGCAAUUCUUUGUUAUAAUUUUUUCUAAAUUUUAAACUUUAAAUGGCUCUCCUGUAGAGUUGCAAAAAUGUUGCUUAAACCAAACCCCUCGAUAUUAUUCUAAAAUUUUACUGUUGUCUUUAUUCGCUUAAAUGUAACUUCAAGUAAGCGUGAAUAAGUAAGUAUUAAUUGUGUAGCUUAAUUGAUUCAAGUUUAGUUUAAAAGUUCAAUCUGUUUGCGAACUAAAUAAUCCUACGACCAGUUAGCAUCGACUAAGCGGUUUGCUUGUCUAAUUUUGAAGCUUAAUAAUGCGUUCUUGUAAUAAGCCAUACAAAAAUUUGCUCUAAACAUUAACUUACACAAAAUAAGUUCUUAGGACCAAGCAAUGAUAUUUUAUAUGUAAAAAGAAGCAGAUACGUUUCAAGCGCACGUCAAGUGAAGACUCGAAAACAGGCCAAUUGGGACGUUUCGUCUUUAGUCGCGUCUAAACAAAUGCAAUAAUAAUAAAACAAGUGCAAUCGUUCCAAUUAUAGCUAUCUUUUUUACUCACGCGCUUAUCCCAUCUUUUGUACUCUUCAUUAAUGCUACUUGUCAACAUGUGUGUGCACUAUAUCGGUAGGUAUGUAGAUAUACAGUCAAACCUGGGUAAGUGAGAACUGGAUAAGUGAGAAAACUCUAUAAGUGAGAGUAAUAGCCAGGACCCGUCAUUUUAAGCUCCCAAAACCUCUAUUAGCCAGAAACAGAAACCUCUUUAAGAGAGAGUCGUUUUUCCCUCAUGGACCUCCGUAAGUGAGACUGCUAUAUCUAUACCUCUAUAAACGACAGUCGAGCUUUAUUUAUUUAUAUUAUUUAGGAAGAACAAAUGACAAAACAAAUUACAAAUUUAACAUCUGCUAUUUUAUGACUCAUUCUUGACUUUCGUGGUAGUUCUUACCAUUGUUUUUGUAUUGUUUUCUCGUCAAUAUUGAACCUGUUCUAUUUGGUGGAACUAAAUAACGUUGUUAUUUUAUCGCAUUCUUUUCGAGUGGACACGUGUGCCUCUGUACCGUCCUGUUUGUCGGACUUACUCAGUUUAUCGUUAAUCAAUUGCGAAGAAACGUUCUGUUCUGCAUCAUGUCAAAACGGAAAAUUAAAAUACUGCCAUUAAGUGAUAAACUUAAAAUAAUGAACGCCUUUGAAACCGGAAAAUCGCGAAAUGAAAUUCACAGGGAGCAUUAGCGAGAAACUCGGGUUAGUGAGAAACCUCUAUAAGCGAGUAUGAGAUUGUGCUCCCUUGAACUCUCGCUUAUCCAGGUUUGACUGUAUAUGGCGCGAUCAGAUUUGAAGAGUCAGUUACUAUGAAGAUAACAUAUCUGUUGUAUAAAAAAUCAUUGGGACCAAGCGUAGCGCCACUGUGACAUUAAAAGCAUGGUUUUUGUGUGUUUUUAUUAGAAACCUAAUUAGCUAUAGCUCUUAAACUUAUAUGAUUAUGAUUUGAUCAAAUGUACGAUUUGCAUGAAAUAUUUUCGUAAGGGUCCUAAAUGGGAAAGGGCUUUUAAAAUUUAUAAAGAUUUUGAAGGGAAGCGUACAAUACUUGUCAACGCACUUACUAAUCCUAUUUUCAGUAUUCGCGCGUCAUAGAAAUAAUUAAAACUUUUUUUACAUAUUAUAAAACAUAUUUUUCCGUAAAAAAAUUCUUGAAUUCUUAAAUCAGUGUAGUUAUAACAGUCUGUGUGUAUGCUAUUAUUGUUUGAUGUUAAUAAUCUUUAAAAUGGAUUCGGACAUCACACAGACUGAGUUUAAUUAAAAAAACGUGUGGCACUCGGGAACUGCCCCGGUAAAGCUAUAGCAUAGCAUUUUUUAUCAACUUAUGCAAUUAUGAUUAGACAAUGAUAAUUUAAUAUUAAAACAAUAAUAAAACAAGACCACGCUAUAUUAAACAUUAAUAAAAGCAAAACAUUAACUGUCCCCUUCACACUCAUAAGCUAGACCGCGCGAGAGAGAGAUGGGCAGACUUUUCAGGAUGCGCAUGCAGUGUGACGUCACGCCACGUGCUUAUUCACAAACACUACACAAGCGCAACGUGUGAAUGUGUUGAACGCGAGCUACAUGGUAGGCGGAGUGAGGGGUGUAAGGUUUUUUUCGUUACAGAAUUUCAUGAAUUCGGUCGCCGCGCUCAAGGCCCGCGAUAAAAUCUAUGCAUAGCUUAAAAAGAACACUGAUCUUUUAGAAUCAAACAACGGAAUUAUUUUCAAGUAACGUAUUCUUUAUUUCAUAAAAUAAGUUAUUAAUAUAAAGUUAAGGUGUAUGCGUUUUAUUCAUUUAUAUUAAUAUUAUGUAUAUAUUCUUCGAAGAACUGAACUGAUUUUUGGAACUUUAUUUAUUUUAGUUCGGUGAGUUUUCUUGAUCGCCAAAAAAAACCAUUAAUCGUUCGUUUUGUAAACUAAUAUAUUUAAAUCAAAUAUUACCAAUCGGAUGUGUUUGAGCGAGAGGGAACCAAUAACUAAUCCAGCUGGAGCUCAGCGCUUUUAUGUGUUGCUAGCGACCCGCCUUCGCUUCGCUUCGGAAACUGUAAUUUAUUAUUGAUUUCUCCACUAUUUAAUGAAUGUUAUUAUACAUAUAAACUUUCCUCUUCAAUCACUCUAUCUAUUAAAGAAAACCGCAUCAAAAUCCGUUGCGUAGUUUUAAAGAUUUAAGCAUACAUAGGGAUAUAGGGACCGAGAAAGCGACUUUGUUUUAUACUAUGUAGUGAUUAAUUUGAGAUUUAAAGAAUUACGUCAAAUGGUUCCCUCUUGCUGUUUUCAUCCGGUUUGCGUUCACUGACUGAUCCCUGUGAUAUUAGUUUUAUGCAUGUGGUAUUCAAUAAAGUUUUUAUAACAUUUUCA